GAAAAAAAAAAAGCUUGUCUCCAUCGGAUAACGGAAACUUCCUUAAAAAAGCAAACCACCCACCCUGCCAAACACGAAAAAAAAAAGGAAACAUGUCUCUCGGAGCACUCAUUCGUCGUGGAACCUCGUUCUUCAAUAACGGGAAAUCCGUUGAUACUGCAACGAAAGAUACUUUGUUCCCCGUCGUUUCGAAGGAGAUUGACGGCGAGGAUUGCGACCACGAUUGCGAUCACUGCCCUGGCUAUGGAAGGGCGUUCGACAAGAUUGGCGUUGAGACCCAGGACGAAUUGUGGGGCGGUAUUAAGGGAUUUGCCAAUCACGUCAUCGUAGCUACCGGUGAGACUGACUGGAUUAGAGAUGUGGAGGACAUCAAGGGAUCCGUUAUGCGAGAGCUCAAGAAGAAUAGUGAGAUGUUGGAGCAGGGGGUGGGUCUCACUCUACUCUCUGGCGGCACAUUAUGGAAGGUCAACCUUAACUAAUUGGCACUGGUGUUGUUCAGAGAUUGAUGAUUUCGGCUUCCAAUUUGCAUCCGCCUCUGGAGUACCAUUCCGCCGCCGAGGAGGGGAAACCACAACCCACGACCGUUAUUGUUCUUCCCUCAUUCACUGUCGUGGAGAAUGUCGCCCCGAGCGAGACUCCCGAGCUCAUUAGACGAUUCGUCAACACUGGCCCGACAACUUCGACUCCUUUGGACCCUGCCCCAUUGACUCCCAAGAGCCCUCUUUCUCCAGCUACUGCAUCCACCCCUCCGGCCCGUGCCGGACCUGAGAGUGAAAAGGCACCGGAGCUAGUGCAAGUCGGAACUCCCUCCGCCGCUGCCAAGCCCUCCUCCGAGGCUACCAGCGUGCCCACCGCAGAAGGUGAAGGCACCACUGCAGAACCCUCCCCCCUCGAUGACUCCUUUACCACCCUCUCCCUCGCACCCUCAUCGGCCUUAAAAUCCUACCCCUUCCCACACUCCUACCUAAUCCUCAUAUGCUCGCACCGUCGCCGCGACGCGCGCUGCGGCAUCUCAGCUCCCAUCCUGCACAAGGAAUUCGAAAAGCAUCUGCGCCCCCUCAACCUCUGGCGCGACAUGACUGACACCCGGGACGGCGGCGCCAAGGUGCUCUUCAUCAACCACGUUGGUGGGCACAAGUACUCUGCCAAUGUCAUCAUCUACAGGAAGGAGGACGGCCAGGGAAUUUGGCUGGCAAGAGUCGCGCCGAAGCAUAUCGAGGGGAUUGUCAAGUUUACCGUUUUGCAGGGAAAGGUGGUCCAUCCGGAUAUGAUUCGUGGGGGAUUUAAUAGGAGGGCUGGCGGUAUUAGUUGGUAGUCGAUUGUCCCAAUGGGUUUUGGGAAGGUGUUUUUUUUUUCUUCUUCACUCUGACGGGUGGAGAAGUGGGUGGGGUUUUUCUUUUCUUUGUGACGUGUGGUACUUUUGAUAGAAUCAUGGGAUACAGCGUUGCUUCUUUACUCAUACAUAACAUACCGUUAUAGUACCGGUACGAUUCAUACAUACAUACAUACAUAUCCUAAUGUAAUGAAUGCUUUGCUGAGGGACAGCUUUGCUAUCAUACUUUGUUGAUUGUUUCAUCUAUGAUACUCCCACUUCCGCCUUUUAGCUAUUUUGCACUCGUACCGCCCCAGUACGAUAGUAACAAUGUUACCUGUAUCAUACAAGGGGUAUUCAAAGUUAAAAAAGUGGCAAAGC